UGCGAAACGACAACGCGACCAAAGGAUGAAGACGAGCGAUGGAAGGUUAGCAGUCAAAGUAAACUUUCCUCGCGCAAGCUCGCAACUCGAUUCGACAUUGCGCGAGUUUCCUGUUGUUGCGAAGAGUGAUAAGAGUGCAGCGGGUAUCAUGCACUUUUUUCCUCCAUAUGACAUGCGUGCAGCGCGACAAUUCUUGGCCAACGAGAAUAAUUCCGACAUGAACGACUUCAAGCGCGAGUGCCAAGCGCUGUUGAAAUCGACGCAGAACUGUUUCAAGAAGAAGUCCCUUCGAUUGAAGCGCAACCUUCACUAUUUAUCCCUUAAGCAUCAUGCACACAACGCCACGGGUGUCGCGGCUGAGGAUGCGCUCGUUUCUAUCAUGUCUCGAUACACAGCACUACUUGCCAACCUCGAGCGAGCGAUAACGGCACAAGAACGGAUUCGCACGGUGCCUUUAGGCAACGCUCGCGAAGAGUCACUUUGCAUUGGAAUCGAGCUGGACCAAACCAACCAAACCGUCCACGAGGAACUGCGUCGCCUGGCGAAGACAACGGGCCACCUUUCGUGCGGUUUGCUGCCAUUCUUUUCCUUCCUCGGUCCGUUGGAUAUUGUCGCUGCGUUGUCCGUUUGUCGUUCAUGGCACUCGACCCUGUCGUCGUACUGCAUCUUGUCUCAGUCCUUUGGACAACCCGAGGAUCGGUGGCGGUACUGGCAGCCCCAUUUACUUCCACACACGUUCACUCCACAAUCGCUGUCUUCGCCCAAGGCGGCAAGCUCUUGUGAUACAUCCCAUGGAUCGCCAGUGGGCAUCACCAGUCAUCUCGACGACGAGUUGCUCCAUCAAGAAGUGCACCGCACAACGUUCUUUCCAAAAGAGUCCAUGUACAUGCCAUCGUUGCUGUCCUCGCCGACGUCGUCACCAUCACCCUCUCCAACGGCGGCGACGACUCUUCCUCGCAUUGGGUCGUACUCGUCCAAGUCGCCAGCGCUCAAGUCGCUGCACACAAAACUUCACUUGCUUCUCGCGACGUUUGCUCACCAGUAUCCCAACGUCGGGUACGGUCACGGUAUGACGUUUCUCGGGGCCGCGCUCCUGUCGACGCUCCAGUACGACGUCGACGCCACCUUCCAUGUCUUUUGCACGCUUAUGCAGAAACAUGGCAUGCAUUACUUGUGGCACGGCAGUCCAUCUUCUUUUGGUGCGGGUUUGCCGCGGCGGCUGCAUCAACUUGAGCAUUGCCUCGACAUGUACGCCCCUGCUGUCACGUCGCACCUUCGUACCCACCACGUGACGCCGUCCAUGUUUGCGUCGAGUUGGAUCCUGUCGUUGUUUCUGAACGACCGAUCACUUCCACCAUCCACGUGCAUGCACAUCCUCGACACGUUUCUCGUCGAGGGUUGGCUCGCCAUGUAUGCUCUGUACGUGGGCCUCAUUCUGGUGCACGCACGAGAGCUCUUGGACGCGACGGACGACGCGGCUAUCCUCCACGCGCUUUUGUCACUGCCGAAGCACUUGGCCACCCGUGGGUUGGGACCGUACCGCCACCGCGCCUUCACGACGCUCACGCCGCCGCUCGCGACGUCGUUGAGCAUGGAAGUAGAACGAGAGCCGCAUCCGUAAUUCAGACUUGACCUCUGGAUCGCACCGUUUUGGACUCGUUGCGGUAUUACAUUCGACAAUGGCGAAAUCUGGACGCACAGAUCGCCUUGGACAUACA